AUGUCGAACCAAAUAGAAAAUACAGAAAAUUCACAGAAUUCUAGUUCAUCAAGAUUUUUGAGGAAUGUACAACGGUUGGCCUUGAACAAUGUCACAAAUACGACAUUCCAAAAGAGUAAUGUGAACAACUCAGCUCUAACGAAUUUCAAAUCAGCACUCAAUUCUGCAAAGAAGGAGGGAAGCCGAAUUCCUCAAUUCACUAGAGAUAGCGUAUCAAGACCAACAGCCGCACUAGAGGAGAAAAGGAUCCCAAAGGAUGAUAGUAUAAGCCAACUCACCAAAAGCAAUCUUUCGGAUAAUAAAGAGAACCAAGAUCCAACCAGUCAGCAAUUUGGUACAUUAACUUCCAUAAAGGAAGGAAAUAUUGAAUCACCUGCAAAUAUAAGCGUACAUGAAUCCUCUUCUGCCAAGGAAAUAAUCCAGCAUGAUCCCCUAAAAAACAUUGAACCAGGCACUAAUAUGAUUAAUAAGCCGGUUGAAAAUGAAAAACCUCAGUCAACAAGAAGUCAACUUCACGUUAGAAAUAACGAAAAUGAGAAUGAUAGCGGGAAAAAAAGACCAAUUUCUACGAUUGUUGAACAAGAGUUACCCAAAAAAUUUAAAGUGUGCGAUGAAAAUGGUAAAGAAGAAUAUGAAUGGGAAGAUCUAGAUGCGGAAGAUGUCAAUGAUCCUUUUAUGGUUAGUGAAUACGUCAAUGAUAUAUUUGAGUACCUUCAUCAACUGGAGGUCAUUACUUUACCAAAGAAAGAGGAUCUCUAUCAGCAUAGAAACAUUCAUCAAAACCGAGAUAUUUUAGUUAAUUGGUUGGUUAAAAUUCAUAACAAGUUCGGCCUCUUACCGGAAACCUUGUAUCUUGCCAUUAAUAUAAUGGACAGAUUUUUGGGCAAAGAGCUAGUUCAGUUGGAUAAAUUACAACUGGUUGGUACAUCUUGCCUUUUCAUUGCCUCCAAAUAUGAAGAGGUAUAUUCUCCUAGUAUAAAACAUUUCGCUUCAGAGACAGAUGGUGCAUGUACGGAAGACGAAAUUAAAGAAGGGGAGAAAUUUAUUUUGAAGACACUAAAGUUUAACCUAAAUUAUCCCAAUCCAAUGAAUUUUCUGAGAAGAAUUUCGAAGGCAGACGACUACGAUAUACAGUCCCGAACUCUUGCCAAAUUCUUACUAGAGAUAUCAUUAGUAGAUUUCAGAUUUAUAGGGAUAUUACCCUCGUUAUGCGCAGCCGCUGCGAUGUUUAUGUCAAGAAAAAUGUUAGGUAAAGGUAAAUGGGAUGGAAACCUAAUACACUAUAGCGGUGGGUAUACUAAAGAAGAACUAGCUCCCGUAUGUCAUAUGAUAAUGGAUUAUCUAGUAAGUUCGAUAGUUCACGACGAAUUUCAUAGAAAAUAUCAGUCUAGAAGAUUUAUGAAAGCUUCCAUAAUUUCCGUUCAAUGGGCUCUGAAGGUUAGGAAAAACGGCUACGAUAUAAUGACUUUGCAUGAAUGA